UGCCAGGCAGGAGGAGCAGGGCGCGCCAGAGGUCCUCCACAGCCCUUGAGGUAAAGUCCUUCUAAGUUAUAAGGAGAGACUUGACGAACAAUAAUUCCUUUACAAAACAUUCUUUCUCUGAAAAGAUGUUGCUGAGACGUACACUGAUCCUCUGCUUUUUCUACGUCAGUCAGGCGAACUUAGAUGAGUGUAACUCAAAUUACGAAUUCACUUCACCGAAUGAACACCACUUCCUCCACGUGGAUAGGCCUGCCUUCCACGCCUGGUUUAAGGCACUCGACGUCGACUCAAACAUCACCUUUGAGACGGACGCGUCGGCUAGUGUUGUUCGUGUGCCCGACGGCCGGUGGUACAUGCUGGGCGUCAGGGUCUGUGGAGGAGAGGAGGAAGCAGUCCUUACUAUACCGGGAUUAAGGUACAAGACAGUGUUAAACUCGCUCAGGACGAGAUCAUUUAGGUUAAAGACCAGCAGCGACGGGCGUGUGAUGUGGACCAAUUGUAAUAUGACCCUUAUCGACAUUCCUGAUGCUUUGAAAGACCAACGCCCCAGAUGGAUCGUCAGUCUGUCAGUGAGUCUUCUUUGCGUUGCUGUGAUGGCCUGCUUCGCGUGGCUGGUCGUCAGAUCCCGCCCCUGGAACCGCCCGGCCGUCGGCGGAAAACGAGUCGACAGCCUGGCCUACAGUGAGCUACAGGGCAGAGUGGCGUCGGAGUGAACUCGAGUCCUCAGCAGAAACACGACAAGAGAAGCUGAAGAAAGAAAACAAAGGAAAGACAAAUUUAAUGCGCUGAAUGCUUUCUGUGUGUUUAUUCUUGUCAAAAUUGUUCUUUCUCUUUAAAUGUAUGUUUUAAAAUGGCCAUUCAUUAGGUACCUGAUUACUUCUUUGUCCCGAUUUGAUUUGAUUUUUCUUACUGAAUACAUUGUACAUCAUA